UGUCCCCUUGAGCACGGUGCCCCCAGACCCCCUUCGUUUCGUGCUCGGGGCUCAGCCUGGUUUUUCUCCCCAGCGGGCGCCAGCAGCGUGUUAGAAGUGGAUGGAGCCGAGGGCAGGUCCGUCACGUUUCACCUUCAGAACCUGAAAGGAGAAAAUUUGGCCUGGAACUUUGGUGGAGAAACCAUACUUUCCAUCAGACUGGGAGAGUCCCCCGACCCCUCGUUUUAUGAGGACUCCUACAGGUCGCGCGUGACCUUCCCCGAGGACGGCAGCGCGCUCACCAUCUCCCAGCUGGGGAAGAGCGAUGCCGGCACCUACACAGCAAAAACCUCCUCGUUUAAAGCCAGCUUCAUCCUGCGGGUGUACAGCGUGCUGCAGGAGCCGGCGGUGACCUGCGCGGUGUGGAACUGCUCGGCCCACGGCUGCCGCUACACCCUGCGCUGCGCCGUGCACACCCCCGGGAACAAAUCCUUCUCCUGGAGCCUCGGCCAGCGGCUGGAUGCCGAGGGGCCCGAGCUGGUGGUGGAGGGUCCCCCCCCGGGGGAGCUGGAUGUGCUGUCCUACACCUGCACCGUGCGAAACCCCGUCAGCAGCCGCAACGCCACCGUCUCGCCCGCCGCCGUCUGCGCAGACAGCUACAGCGGCACCUUCACCGGCACCGUCACCGCGAUGGUGAGCGUGGCGCUCAUAUGCUUGGCUGUGUUCUUGGCCUUCGUGAUAUUCCGAGAAAUAAAAAGCUGUUUUUCACCAGCAUCUUGCUGUGACUCUCUUUGGCUGCCGGCGCACAGCUGUGGCUCUGCAGGGUUGGUGCCGGGAUCCCCCCAGCCCUCGGCGAGGAGCCGGGAGCGCGCCGGGGAUGCCGCAGCCGGCUCCGGUGCUGACCUGCCCCUUUUUUUUCUCCUUGCAGAGGUGGCAGCAGAAUACGUGACGGUGUACGCUGAGGUCGGCAUUGCCCCGCAGGAUUUCCCUCGUGCACAGAAAAAUGACCCAAAGAAGACGCCAGCCCCUGGGGCGGAGACCUCCAAAACCAUUUAUUCCACCAUCCAGGCCAUGGCCCAGGUGGACGAGCUGGGCGGCAGCACGCUGGGGUGCUAGGAGCGGAUGAGCCUCCAGUGGCCGGUCAGUGAGCGGGGUGCCAAGGCACAGGCAGAGCCCGUGAGCCUGCUCCGCUCGUGGUGCCAGCACGCCGGGCUGUGGCAUCCCCUCCCGGCUCAGCACCACCGCCCGGGGCACCCCGGCACGAGGACGUAAGCACCUGGGGGACGUGGUGCAGGCCGAGAUGCUCGUCUGGCGCCGGAGCCGUGCCCGUGCUUUGGCAUCCAGGUGAGACUCGGGCUCCUCUUUCUGCACUCUCUGGCCAGAGAAAGACGGAACAAAACUGCGGCUGCCAACCCAGCCCCGCCACGCAGAGACCUCGCUCCUGGGAGGCUCCCGCAGCGAGGAGGCUGCGCAAGGGGACGGGAAGACCCGAGGAGAGUCCUAAAGCCACGAUUUUAUUACUACGCUCUUUAACUGUGCAAAUACUUUUGACUUCUUCGGUUAUGGGACAAAGAGAAAGUAAAAAUAGCACUUU